ACUCAGAGCCGCAAAUGCCAUGACUGUUGUCAGAUCUCACCCAGUAACCUUCCGUUUGCAAACAUGCGGAAGCGUUGUCGCCGCUGCCCAGAGUGGCAGUGCUUCCCUCGUACAGUAGCUAGCUGCAUCUCCUCACGUACCAAGCUGCGAUUUCCUUGUUUCAAUCGGGGGCUGAAAAGUCGACCUCAAGAUCCUCAUCCCACCUUCAUUCUUCUGCCCAAGAAUGCCAACUGAGCCCACGGCUCCGAUAUAGCGGUGGUCGAACAGUGGUGGUCAAGCCCUAUAAUACUGUCACUGCUUCUGCAGAGCAGCGUUGAUAUUGCACGACUCUGCGACAUGAAAGCCUGCCACCUAAAGGUGACCUGAACUGGGCCAUAAUGGACCCUUUUUCUAUUGCCACAGGCGUAGCCGGCCUCGUUUCACUGGCUGGACAAGUCAUUAGUCAAUGCUAUCGCUAUGGAUGUGUUGUCUCUGAUGCUCCGAAGGAAGCGAAAAGACUAGUCUCCGAAGUCACCAACCUUAGUGGACUGUUGCUCGGUCUUCAAGGCUUGAUUCGGCAAGAUAGCUUUCCUCUGCAAGACGUCAAGACGAUACUCGAAGAAUGCAAGAGUUCACUGACCUCCUUGCUUUCGCGACUACAGAGUCACAGCCCGGAAACCAGCAAGUCUACCGCGGAGCGUGCAAUCAGACGCCUAUUGUGGCCACUCCGGAAGAGUGAUACUGAGGAGCUUACCUCUGCCAUCGAAAGGCAAAAAGCCUCUUUGUCGCUGGCUUUGGACACAUUCUCAGCAGGAGCUCUUGUGAAGCAAGGCAGUACCCUCGACUAUGUCUCCAAUACGUUGUCGGAUCUGUCUCUUGACCUUAAAGCCAACCAUGCUACGCAGCAACGUCAGCAAAUCCUGGACUGGCUUUGUGACUAUCAGUAUGAGGCACAGUAUCGUCGUGGACUUCAACUCCAUUGUUCGACAACCUGCGCAUGGCUCCUGAAGCAUCCCGACUUCAUCAAAUGGUCCAGUCGCAGGUCAUCGCUGCUCUGGAUGCACGGGCAAGCAGGCUCGGGCAAGACUGUGGCUACCAGUUACCUCAUCCACCAUAUGACGAACCAACAGUCAGGGCACGAGACCAUGUUCGCAUACUUCUACUAUGAUGCUAGUACCGUCGAAAGUCUAACACCAGAGACAUUCUUCGGAGCCAUAGUCAAGCAAUUCUGCUCGCAACUCCCACAGAUGCCUAGUGACAUCGUUGAGGCGCAUGAGCGAGCUUCAUGUCGGCAAGGCACGCCGAAGCAAGCCAGCCUAAAUGAGCUCCAAAAAUAUCUGAUACAUCUCCUCGAAGCCGAUAGAUCAGCCGCCAUCGUCAUUGAUGGACUAGAUGAAUCCCCAGAAUUUGCGACAGUCUGCGACUUUCUUACAUCCACAGUUGGAUGUGGUCAUUAUCCACUCCGAGUCUUCAUCAGCAGCCGACCGGAGAAAGACUUACGGAGACGCCUUGAGAAGUUCCAGGAGAUUCCUUUCCCUGAAAUGGCCGUCGAACAAGACAUCGGUGUUUAUAUCAAAUGGAGAAUCGAGAAUGACGACAGAUUGCGCCGCAUGAGCGAGAAGAUCAAGAAACAUGUGGAGAACAGCCUGCGGGUGGAUUCUCACGGAAUGUUUCGCUGGGUUCAAUGCCAACUGGACGAAAUCGCGCGCUUGAGGACGGACGCAGCCAUAAAGAAAGCGCUGACUCGACUUCCCUCCAGCAUACAAGGAGCGUAUACGAGGAUUCUGCAAUCCAUCUCCCAAGAAGACGCUGUCUACGCGAGAAGAGCGCUGCUAUGGCUUGCGCAUGCCACUAUCCCCCUAACACUUCCAGAACUUGCGGAGGCCGUGGUUCUCGAGCCGGAGUUUGACAGACUCGAUCCUGAAGCCGACUUGAAUGAUCCGAACGACAUCCUCGAGAUCUGUGGUAGUAUGGUGGCUUACAACAGCCUUUCUGGUACUGCUCGCCUUGCCCACCACUCAGUCCGGGAAUUUCUUUUGGGAAGCUUGAACGAGAACUCGUACUUCUACAUGCCUGCUCGCUCAUCACAUCGUGUAAUGGCUGAAACCUGCCUCUCGUACAUACUCUUGGACGACUUUUCGAAAGGGCCAUUCUAUGGGUCCGACUUCCGCAAAAUGCUCAAACGGUUCCCUCUUAUAAGAUACGCCGCUCAAACGUGGCCGUCCCAUGUCCGAAGAUCUGGUGCCGAGAAAGACAUCCUGCCCCUGAUCCUCCGUCUAUUGACUCCGGAGACUAACGGCAACUUCGGGUUCUGGCUGCAAGUUGUCCUGUUUGAUUCACGGCACGGGUACAUCGAGCCGAGUGCGGAUCUUGCGCGAGCGAGACCAUUAUACUAUGGCGCAUCGUAUGGUCUGACGGAGACGGUCCGCAGUCUGGUGGCAAUGGGCGCGAAUCUCAACGACCGGGCUGGAAGGUAUGGUGGGACCGCCAUGCACGCUGCCGUUUGGCGAGAGAGGCCGGAGUGUCUGCAGAUACUGCUUGACGCUGGCGCUGAUUGCUCUAUCCAGGACGAUAAUGAAACGACGCCGCCUCAAUUAGCGCGUUGGAGUGGGAAGAAAGCGAUAUGUGAUAUCUUCCCGGAAGGUGUUCGGGUGGAAAAGAUGUGGAAAUAAAUUUCUUGAAUCAGGAGCCCUCU